AUGCCAGAAACAACGGGCUUGACGAAAGAAUAUCGAGGCGUAGAACCCCCGGCUGGGGUGCAUCUUCCAACAGUAGCCGAAAUAUUGGAGAUGUGCACUGCAGAUGACAAACACCCUGCCGGACUCGCGUUUCCCUUUGAAGCGCCCGUAUUCUGGAUUAAAUAUGGCUUUGCAGUUGAGUGGAACGAGGUCCUGGCUCAGGCCAUGGCGCACCGUGAACUCUUGAAACUACGCUCCCGCGCCCGGGUACCGGCAGUAUUUUAUGCGUUUGAGAUAGCUAGGAAGACGUAUAUCGUUAUGGAAUACAUCUCAGGAAGAUCCGGGAGUCAGAUCCUAGAAAGCACCUCAGAACCGGCGGAAAGGAAGGAAGUCUACCGGCAGGUAGCUUUCAUGGUACAAGAGCUUCUACGAAUACCCAUUCCACCCAAUUCUCGUCCUGCUGCCAUCGACGGGGGAAAAUUUACACACCUAAUAUUCUCUGAUUAUGAAGCUAGCAGGCAUUAUCAUAAUGCUGAUCAACUCGAGCAACACUUUAAUCUGUUCAUGAAAAUGGCGAAACGCGAACCGAAAAUUCAAGGGCUAUCCCGGGAGCCUCUGGUAUUUAGCCACCCUGAUAUCUGGCCUGGCAACAUAAUUAUCGGUGAUGACGGCUGUACCACUAUCAUCGACUUUGCGGGAGCAAGCAUCCUUCCUUCUAGCUUUGUUAAAUACUCGAUCACUACGACAAAGAAAUAUCGCGAGUACGAUCUGAUGCCCUGGGUUGACAUCCCUUGCCCUGACGGAAUUGAUAACGUUAAGGCGUUAUUCGCUAUAUCAGGCCCGAUGGUCAUGGGCUCGGGUUCCUUUGCGAGAGCAGGCUCGCGGGUGCCGGGGCAUGGAGAUCCAGUACCUGAACAUAAUUUGAAGGGUGAUGAUGGAAAUUUCUCUAUUUGUCCCUCAUACGAUGUUCAUGAUGAACGAAACACCGAAUGCACCAUUCUGUUAUUAUCGGAAGAAAUGCGGAUUAAACAGCCCGCUACUGCGCAGAAUUCCCUCACGAAAUACUAUUUCCAUUUGGAGGAAAAAUAUGGAUAA